GCUCUUGUUCAGCACUGGGAGAUUCUGUUCAGUUUUUCUUCACUGCUCUUGGGUGGACCACAUCAGGGUCCCCUCUCCCUUACAUCCAGAUGAAGAAAUUUCUCUUAGUUAUGAGUCUUCUUCAGCUUGGAUCUGCCAGAGGAACAGGUCAUUCUGGUGGACUUCAUCACCCUGUGAAUCGCCAUGCUUCCAUUCAGCAACUUUCAGAUGAGUACAUUUCACUUAGACAGCCUUCAGAAGCUGAGGCUUUAUAUGAAACAUCGUCAAACAAGAACUCUUUAAGUGCACAUGCGUCAGGUGGGCACGCUUCAGUUGAACACGCUUCAGUUGAACACGCUUCGGCUGGACACGCUUCGGCUGGACACGCUUCAGCUGGACACGCUUCGGCUGAACACACUUCGGCUGAACACGCUUCGGCUGAACACUCUUCGGCUGAACAUGCUUCGGCUGAACAUGCUUCGACUGAACAUGCUUCAGGGGGGCACGCUUCAGGGGGGCAUGCUUCAGGGGAGCACACUUCAGGGGAGCAUGCUUCAGGGGAGCACUCUUCAGGCGAUCAUGCUACCGGCGAGCGCGCGGUAGCUGAACACACUUCAAAUGAGCACUCCAUCUCUGAGCACACAACAGGUGAACACACUUCAGUGGAGCAUGCUGCAAGUGAACACACUUCCAGUGAACCUUCAGGUGACAAGGCUUCUGCUGACCAGGCUUCUGCUGACCAGGCUUCUGCUGACCAGGCUUCUGCUGACCAGGCUUCUACUGAACAGGUUUCUGCUGAGCAGCCUUCAGGUGAAACUUCAAAUGAGAAGGCUUCUGCUGAGCAGCCUGCAAGUGAGCAGGCUUCAGCUGAAAAGUCUUCCGCUGAGCAAGCUUCAGGUGACCAGGCUGCAGUUGAACAGACCUCAGGUGGUAAGGGUGAACAGCCUUCAGCUGUUCCAUCUUCAAGUACACCUUCAGGUCCCGUGUUGAAUUGCCACACAUGCUCUUAUAUGAAUGACCAAGGAAAAUGUCUUCGUGGAGAGGGCGUCUGUACCACUCAGAACUCCCAGCAGUGCAUGUUAAAGAAGAUCUUUGAAGGUGGAAAACUCCAGUUCAUGGUUCAGGGGUGUGAGAACAUGUGCCCGUCAAUGAACCUCUUCUCUCAUGGAACCAGGAUGCAAAUUAUAUGCUGUCGGAAUCAGUCUUUCUGCAACAAGAUCUAGAAGCCUGUGCCAUUGCUUCUUCUGUGACUCAGGCAGCAAAAAUCCUCCAUUGUCCUACUGGCUCAAUUUAUAUUUCAUUUCUUCCCCAGCCAACAACUUAUUACAUCUGCCUCUGCCUGAGGGUCAGACAGGAUGCUCCAGUAUCUUUCCCUUCUUACCCAUCCCUCUCUGCCCUGCCUCCCCUGCCCCCCUACCACACUUCUCAACAUCUUUCCUUUCAAUAAAUUCCUCAUGGCU